AUGCAGGAAGAACAAGAUACGUGUCGCAUUUGCAGCGGUCCCGCAGAACCAGACCAACCUCUAUUCUACCCUUGCAAAUGUUCUGGUACCAUACGCUACAUACAUCAAGAUUGUUUAACCACAUGGUUGGCACACAGCAAGAAACAGACUUGCGAUGUCUGCAAGCAUCCGUACGCCUUCACGAAAGUUUAUUCGAAAGACAUGCCAAAGACGUUACCUCCUUGGUUGCUCGUUCGACAAAUAUUUCGUCAACUGAUAUCGACCCUUUUUCUUGGCAUCCGUUCAAUCGUGGUGGGAACAAUGUGGCUAGCGGUAUUGCCUUGGGUUACCAUCUGGACUUGGCGGCUGUACUUCGCCAUGGGUGAUUUUAUUGCUUGGAUGCUCAGCGACCUUCCGCGACCACAUGAACUAGGCGGCUUUAGCAUAGUUGCGCGUAAUAUGACCUCGCUAUCAUCAAACAGCACCGCAGCAAAUGCGACUUCGCCACAAUCACUCUUGUCGCAUCCUGUCGUUCGUGCGGUAUCUUCGGACAUCGUCGCGGGUCAAAUUGUGGCGUCAAUGAUUGUGCUUGUGUUUGUUGCCGUCUUCCUUCUCCGCGAGUGGAUCUCGCAGAAUGCACGCCCAGGUGUCUUCGAGGAUGCUGAAGGAAUUGACGAACCUCCGCAGCCAGCCGUUCCAGAGCAGGAAGCUGCUCAACAACCCCCAGAAAUCCCUAGAUUACCGGACCCAGCACAGCCAGUACGUGAAGACGACGGGGUUUGGCAACGCGUAUGGCUCAAUAAUACUCGGAAUCCACCUGUACCUGACCAGCCAGUUCCGGGUGAUUCUCACGAGAAGACCGAUAAGAGUGACGAAGCGGCCAAUCGCAGUCCUCACAAGAGGGUCCGUCGCAUGGACGAUGAAUCAACGGCACGUCAGUCUGGCGUUACACGCAGGGAGAAGGGCAAACGUGUAGAGCAUCGCGACCGUCACGGUUUACGUUACCGUCCAGACCACUGGAGGCGAACCUCGGAACAAUCGGUCACCAUUGGGUCUGAUAUCGACGAGGAAGAUUUCAUCGCUGAAUGGAGGGCACGAGAGGAGACAAGGCUGCGGCAGUUCCGUUGGCCUGAGCAACCCUCAACCUCGUCUCUUAACCUGCCAUCUGAGCAAACUCAGUUUACUUUCAGGGCACCCACAAUUGAGCAAUCUACCGUAGCUACUUCAGAAGAUGACUCGAUGGCAGCUGAUUCUGUUACUGAGCAGAGUCAGUUCACCUUUGCGCCACCUAUUUUACGUUCCACUUCAGAUAUCCCAACCGACAUCGCAGAGCGAUCCUUUCCUCAUAGUUGGCAUUCCGCGGAUGCGCCUUCACCACAAUCGUCUACGUCAACAAAGGUGGAAGAUAGCUUGUCUGCCGCACAGCCACUACUGGACAGCAUCGAAGAAUUCAGUUUUACUCGCAUACCUUCCCUCCCAACUCCGCCUGCUGAAACUCCAGGCAAUUUGCGACGUCCCCCUCUUCCCAGUGUCACACUCCCUCCAUCGUUAGGUGCAUCUCCGUCCGCAAGUGCGUCCCGAAGUCGCAGCGACACCCCUCCGGCCUCACCGAGUCUAGCAACGUAUCGUGCACCGGAAGAAUUCGAAGCUGGUCCAUCCAAGUUGUCCGGUUACUUCCAUGAUGAUACCCUGUCUGAGAAUGGCAAAGCCGAUAUGGAAGCGGAUAGCCAGUUGUAUUUUGCGAAUCCAAUUAAGCAGGGAGAUGCAGAGGAAGAGGAAGUCGAUGCCGGUGGACCGGAGGCCGACGACGAAGGUGAGGUGUAUCGUUGGUCCGACCACGAUCCCCAAGACGCGGACGAGGAGUGGGACGCGGAAGCUAUGGGAGUAGAGAUCAGAGACCUGAGAGAGGUGAUGGAAGAAGAUAGACUCCUAGCUGAAAGAAUGGCUGCUCCUGGGGCGCGAAAUCUCGUAUUCUUUGACCGGCAGCCCCGUCCACCCCGUCCACCCCGGCCAAACGACGAGGUGGAUGUAAACGAGAAUGAGAUGGAUGGUGCAAUGGAAGCAAUUGGAUUGAGGGGACCGCUGUUGAUUGUCCUACAAAAUGCGACAUUAGUGACUUUCAUCCUCGAUGCUAGCAUUGGAGUUGGCGUCUGGUUACCUUUUACGCUUGGCAAGUGCACGGCUUUACUUUCUUUGAAUCCGCGACGGUCUGUGCAGAUCCUACAGUUGCCUCUGCGAUUGAUCAGGCUUGUCACGGACCCCGUGGUUGAUUUCAUUAUUCUGUGGAUUAGACAAUCUUUUUUCCCGUGGGCUGUGGACUUGGCAUCAAUUGGUCUACAGCGUGCGGACAAUGUACUGGCAUCAGCGGUAGGGCACGAACGAGCUACUCAAAUCUCGGAGUCGUGCCAGCAUAUGUUCCGCUACAUUUCCGAUACUGCUGCGCGUGAAGCACAGGCUAGAACAUCCACUUCGUUUCUUGUUCGCAUGCUAGAGGAUCACUCCGAUACUUUGCGUCGUAUUGAACUAGUUUUCGCACCCAUCGGGAAGGCAAUGCGAACUCAGUACAACGAAGGGAAGUUCAUCUGGCUGCGUCUUGCCACGGGAAAUGGAACACCGGAGAAAGUUUUUGCGACUGUUCUAGGAUACUCUGUGCUGGGUUUACUUAUAGCGAUCUAUCUGAACAUCCUGAAUAUCGCAAGUGUCAGAUCUGCAGGACGUGCUGUCCGCAGCGCUGUUCGACAACAGCUGAUUGUGGUUAAGGUGGCUUCCUUUAUAAUUGUCGAGCUGGUCAUCUUUCCCCUGGGAUGUGGAGUGAUGUUGGAUUUGAGUGCGACCUGGCUUAUGCCUCAAGGUGACAUGCGAGACAGGUUGGCAUUCCUCAGGCUUGCCCCGAUCACUACAACGUUUUACCAUUGGGUGAUGGGGACAAUGUUCAUGUAUCACUUUGCAGUCCUCCUCGCAGGAUGCAGGGCAAUCAUGCGCCCUGGGUCUAUGUGGUUCAUCAAAGAUCCCCAGGACCAGAACUUCCAUCCAAUCCGCGAUAUUCUUGAGCGACCCACUCUCGUGCAAGUGCGAAAGCUUCUUGUGAGUGCUGUUAUGUAUGGCUUUGUAGUGUCAGCCUCGGUCGGCACUGUCUCUGGCGUCCUACGGCUGUUCAGCGGGACGGUUCUGCCAUUCAGAUGGAGAAUUCGUGAACCAUUGUCGAAUGUUCCAAUCGAUUUGCUCUUCCUACACUUUGCCCUGCCAUACACGAUGCAUUACUUCCGGCCCAAGAAGGUGCUACGAGAGUUCGGAAUCUACCUAUGGAAAUAUCUGUCAAGACAGCUGCGUCUCACGUCGUACAUGUUUGGUGAUCGCUACCCUUCUGAGGAGUUCACUCCCAAUCAUUGGUCGUGGAGGAUGUUGGUUAUGACAUCCGAGAUCCAGAUGGAUGACGCGGAGGCCGUGCAUGAUGGCAGCUUCUGGCGAGUCCCAAACAGCGAUAACGUCGUGAUUGCCAAGGAUGUGCCAGCCACUGCUGAAGUCAAUGAGAACGGACUUCCUUUGGGUGAAGAACAAGCCGCCUCGAUUGCCGUCCAAGAUGCGGAGGCGGAGAAGGCAAAGAGAAGCAUCAAGACUGAUUACACGGUCGCGUACAUCCCUCCUCAUUUCAGGUACAGAAUCGCGGCAUUCAUCGUAUGCGUUUGGACGAUCGGCUCUAUGAUGUUGGCACUGACACUUGCUCUACCAAUACUCCUGGGACGGAGUUUCUUCAAAUUGUUCAUAUCACGCGAAGUCCAUGAUGGCUAUUCGUUCAUCACAGGUUUUUACCUCCUGUGGUCCUGUUGGCUUGUGGCGAAUGCUAUUGAUCGUCUGGACAAACGUCGUCAACGGAGAGGUGGUGACGAGCCUCGCGCGGAAUGGCCUUUGUAUCUGGCUAAGCGAAGUCUUCUGUGGAUCGCCAAGACGUCAUACAUGGCUGUCUUCCUUGGUUUUGUCAUCCCGACACUUUUUGCCCUCGUCAUAGAGUUCUACACGGUUCAGCCCCUUCGACACAUGUUGCAUCCGGUCCAGGAAGUGCGGAUUCGUAUCGUCGACAUGUGGGCAACGGGUUUGCUCUUCACCCAAAUCUUCCUUCGAACAAUGCGAGCAGAACCUACUUCGAGGAUUAUCACGGGAAUUGAACAGAUCCGGCGAAAUGGGUGGACACAUCCCGACCCCAUCAAGGCGACGCAGGAUGUGAUCUUCCCUGUGACGCUUGGUCUCCUCGGUGCGCUCUUGAUGCCCCCUGGCGCUCUAUGGGGCCUGCGUCAGGUGUUGUCGCUACCGAUCGGCGAUAACUUCCUUUUUGUCCACCUGUAUCCAAGUCUUUUCACCGCAGCAGGACUGUCGCACGGCGCCCUGUUGUUGUCGAAGGUUGUUGCAUCAUGGUCACAAAGCAUCCGUGACAAAGAGUUCCUUGUGGAGAUGCGUCUCCGCAACCUUGAGCCACAGCAAGAACAAAAACCGGAGCCGGCGCCGAUAGUAGAAGGUGUAGAGGAAGAGGAAGAAGAGUACUAG